ACUCAUCCAUGCAUAGACACCGCGUGCAGACAGCCAGUCACUCACUCACUACGCAUGCAACAGCCGAGGCCUGAACACUCAGUUAUUCUCUUUUCAUGCACUCAUUCAUUCAUUCAGGCAUGCAAGUAUGCACACGUGCAUUUUUCAUGCAUUCAGUGAGAUCGGGUACGAGCCCUGCCUUCUCCCUCCGGGAUACUACCAGAGGAGCGGCCUCCACCCGGGCUGCGCGCUGGCCUUGGGCCCAGGGCCUUAAGCCAUCGCAAACAUUUACUUCGGGGCCGGCUGAUGGAAGGUUAAAUGUCCAAACCGGGAAACCGCGGGCUGCAGUGGGGGCGGGGCGCGGCACGGGGCGCAGCCCCCGGCCGUUACCGGGUGUCUCUCCCCGGCAGCCCCGGCUGGGCACCAGGCGGCGCGCGGGCUUGUUUGCGGGCGGGGGCUGCAGCUGGGCGGAGACGACCCACGCCCGCGGGGGUGGGCGGAGGCGGUGCCGGGCUUCCGGACAGAAGCCAAUCGAUGCCCUCGGAGGCAUCGGCGCCUCCAGCGCCUGCCCAGGGCAGAGGAUGCCGGAGCUUGGAAGAGGUGCCGGAGGCUGCCGGGGGGUGCAGGGGGCCGUAUGUCGCGGAAGAAGCCUGGGUGCAGGGGACCGCCAGGGUGCGCAGAGGCUGCUCCAACACCUAGAGGCCUGGAAAUCCACGCGGGUUCCUGGAGACGGCGCCUCUGCUCUGCGGGUUCGUGGUGGGGAAGUCUACCCACUGCUCCCCGGCGCCCACUGCACGCGGCCCGGAGGACCAUGUCGGGUAAGUAUGUGCAAGGAGUCCUGGAGGCCGAAGCAUUCCGGUUCCUGGAGAAGAGAGGCAUCGAAACAGGCAGACAGCAGUGAAACGCACCGCCAUGCUUGCAUCAGGAGAGACGGUUGCAGGAGUGCUGGUUUCUAUGGAGCCCCUCAGAUUCUUUCACUGAAGCCUCCUUGUUCGGCCUACCCAAUUGAAAAGUGCGUCAAAUGUAGCUGGAAUUUGAAAAGCUCGAAACCAGAAGGCACCUCUGACAUCGUGGUGAAUCGUCAGGUCAGUGUGUGGGGCACAUGUGGGCUGGGAAAGCCACGUCUUAGACACCCUCUAGCCCACAUCUGCUCACAGUCAUCUGUCUGCACCUCUUAGGGUCUCCCCUCAUAAUAGCUGCUGGGGACACAGGAGGAGAGGAUGGUGGGUGAGGGGUCGGCAGGAGACACUUGCCAGCAGGUAGAGCUGGCAUUCCAGCCUGAGACUGGUGCACCAUUGAUUUGUAAAUUAUU